UCCUAAGCAAGGCUCUGCAUUCCAUUGCAUAGCUGGAAGAGCAGACACAGCAGCAAACUGGAAUUGUUUUGUUUUUUUCUCAUUGAAAAUAAUGCAAACAGAGCAUUGCAGAAGUAGUAUGGAUAGUAGUCUAUAGUAGUCUAGUAGUCUAGAUAUUGAUAGUCAGGCUACAGGUGAAAACAUGGUCAAUUUUAAUCAACAGAAGCAUAUUUCUGUGCUAAGCUUUGAAAACCCUUCAAAUGUAACUGAAUUUGAAAGAGAAGACAGUCCAGUUACAUUGAAUGAUUUAUUAGGUUUGAAAGCAGAGAGGCUUUCAUACUAUUUAUGUGUUGAGGAACAUGGUUAAUUAGUGGUGUCUCUACUUAAGUGGAUAAAAGAAUUACUGGACUUCAGGCCAGGAAAAGUUAUUUCCUUAGUUGGCAGGAUGCAGCAGAAGGGAAAUUAGUAAAGGGAAAUAGGUAAUACUUGUUGAAGUAUAUCUCAUAGGGGGAAAAAAAGAAAAACUGAAGACUGUUCACAAGCUUUUUUUACAAUUUUUCCUUAUGAUAUCUGUUUGUAAUUUCUCUCUACUCUCAAGUGCUUUGGUUUUUCAUCAACAAGCAGAUCAGUAUCUUGUAACUUCAGAUAUGUAUUAAAGAACAUCACAUUUUAAUUGGCUAUCGUGUUGUUUUUGAAAUUCUAAAAAGGAAUAAGUACAAAGAAUACGUUCUGGAGUUCUCUCUUUGUUUCCCCUGUGCCUGGAAUAAUAACAUUGCAGCACUGGGGACAUCCACUAUUAUGUAAGGAGAACUUUUCAGAACUGGUGUGUUGGAAAUUGAGAUUUAUUGAAAAUACAGCUUCCUUCUUUUACCAUGCAGAUGGUGGUGGUUCCUUAACUAUUGGCUGCUGUUAAGCCUUACAACUUAGACUGUGUUUGCAGCAAUCUUUGGAUGUGCUUUGCAUGACUGAGGAGCAGCAGACUCAUCCAUGCUCUGAAAAACUAGCUCUUGGUAAAUUCUCGGUAACUUAAGGUGAUUUGACUGUUGUAUUACAGGUAUUAAUAUGGAUAUUUCUUUCAAGUGAAUGUUUUUAUUUCUAUUUAUCUUUCUACAAUAGAUAUAUUUUUAAAUGAAGUAGCCAUACAGGUAAGCAUUCCUGUAUGAAGGCUUCCAAUGCUGAUUUGUCCUUAAGCUGUACUCUCCAGAAAGUGGUUUUGUUGGUUAUAUUUUUUCCCGGGAGGCUGAAACUACUCUGUGUAGGCUAUUGAACUCGGGUGAACAUGCUGUUGCUUUCUCAAUUGAGAAAAAGUAAUUAACCAGAAUUAUUAUUUCCACUAGUUCAUUCUUGUCUUUCUUUCCUUAUAUGCAGAGCAUAAAGUAAUCAUAGUGGGGCUUGAUAAUGCUGGAAAGACAACCAUUCUUUACCAGUUCUUAAUGAACGAAGUGGUUCAUACUUCUCCAACCAUAGGAAGCAAUGUAGAAGAAAUAGUGGUGAAAAACACCCACUUCUUAAUGUGGGAUAUUGGAGGACAAGAAUCAUUAAGGUCGUCAUGGAAUACCUACUAUUCAAACACAGAGUUCAUCAUUCUCGUUGUUGACAGCAUUGACAGAGAGCGACUUUCUAUUACAAAAGAAGAACUUUAUAGGAUGCUGGCUCAUGAGGAUUUACGGAAGGCUGCAGUUCUCAUCUUUGCAAACAAGCAGGACAUGAAGGGUUGCAUGACAGCUGCUGAGAUAUCUACGUACCUCACCCUUAGCUCCAUAAAGGAUCAUCCAUGGCACAUUCAGUCUUGUUGUGCUUUGACAGGAGAAGGGUUAUGCCAAGGCUUGGAGUGGAUGACCUCCCGCAUUGGAGUGAGAUAGCUAUUUUUUUGUUUUGUUUUCUUUUCCAAAGGAAGAGACUUCUAUUUAUCCUGUGAACAUGUACAUUUUUCUGUAUUUCUGGCUGCUGAGCCAGUGACCAUGUUUAAUUUAUAUCAGCCAAUCUCCAAACUGUACUUGAAUCAAGUGCAGUUGAACUGAAACAAAGUAUUUUCUUAACAUUUUUUAAUACACUAAUCUUCAACUGGAUGGACAUAUGUGAAUCUGUUUUUAAACAUUUAAAUUCCUCUGACUAUGUAUUCUAACUUUUUCAAUGAUAGCUUUUUAAAAUCUGUUUUGUCAUUGCCAAUAUUUCAUACUUCUUUCUAAAAAGUUUCUAUAACUUAGUAACAUAAAUCUAGAUAUUUUGUUUAAUAAUGGCAGAAAUAGCUAGUAGGUUGACUUUACUCUGGUGUAGUUUUUAGUCUCCAAAGUUGGGCUUCUUGGAACAUCAGUUGAGUUCUACCCAGCACAGUAGUUAAUAGAUAUUAAUGCCAAAUUUUAAAUGCUGAAGGAGUUAGUUGUAGUUAAUAUUAAGGCGGCUUUUAACCUGGUAUAUAAUUUAAUUUCUGCCUUAAGAGAAAUCUAUUAUUCUCAUUUUGUCUGAUGAGUAGUUGUAGGUUAUGAUUCUUUUUUGUUUACCUGAAAAUAGGUCUUUGCACAGUCAAUAAGCUUUAUUAUUAAGUGUUUAUUCAUUUAGACCUGGAAAACCUUUUUUUUUUUUUUUAAAUAAACCUCUUGAUAAUUAAAUUUGGAACCAUGGCAGUCAGUUUUAUGUGUAGACUUGCUGCAAUCUGUUAACAUUUUAAAUACUGUAUAUACAUGAGCCUUACCCUUUUGGUGAGUGUGAUGUUUUCCGAAUGAAUGUAUAAUCAAAAGGGAAGCCAGACUUACAAACAGAACAAAAUCAUGGUGCUGUAUCUAUGGGCUUCACAGUGAAGCUUAUCUUGACCUUUAUGUAAAUGUUUUCAAUUUUCAUUGCACAGAAAAUAUAUUGCCUUAUUUUUUUGAUUCUUAUUUGCAAGAGUGGAGAACUAAUUCUAUAAUUUGUGAAACUUAGGAACUGGAAGUUUAAAAAGUAGAGAGCUCCCGAUUAAAAAACAGGUGGCAAAAGGUUGGACUUAAUAACUCUUAAUUCAACUUGAAGGUGAUAGAAUUAGAUCUGUAAAGAGAAUGUGAAACAACAGAGUAAACUAAUUGAGCACAUUAGGUACAAACAAAGCCCAAACCCAGAGGGGAGAAAAAGAAAAGAAAAAAAUUAGGCUCUCAAUUACUAGUGCAGUCCCACUAGCAAUGAGAUACAUAAUCUACAUAAAUGCUUGGCAAGCUUCCAAAGGAGAUGUUCUGUACUUGUGCAUGCCUGAACGCUACUUGGAGCCUGGUCAUUAGAAACAUUUUACUAAUUGGCUGGAGUUCCUUAAUGAUAAAAUGGUUUUGAUAAAUUCAAGCACAGUAUGUUUGAAGAAAAAAAAAGUUUUAAGUUCAGUAAAUUUUCAAUUUAGUUCCAUUUAUAUUUGAACAAAGCCUUAAGAAAUUUUAAAAAUACCAUCAAAUACAUUGUGCUAAAAGGAGACUAAGAAUACAUCUGGAAUUGGUGAUUGGUUGAACAAAGUGAUGUAUUAGUGCUGGCUAGCAAAAGUCACAUUCAAGAGGGAGACUGUGUUGACUGGCAAGCCAAAAUGCUCAGAAAAUAACAUAGACCAAAUCUAUACUUAAAAAAUAGAAAACAAGUUAAAGAUCUGAUGCUAAACCUUUUUGCUAUGAAGUUCAUGCUAACUGUUCAAUUCCUGAAAGUAAGUUUUGUUCUUAAAUUAUAAAUGAAAAAAUAAACAAUACUGUGAAUGAA